CAGCGACGCGCGGCGAUGGUGGGGUCGGCGGGGCGGCUUUCGGCGGGGCGGGUCGCGCAGGAACCGCCGGAACAGCAGCCCAGGCCGCGCAGCGCCGCCGCCGCGCUCCUGGCCCGCGAGGAGGAGUACAGGCGCCUGAACGCGGCCCUGGAGGCGAAGGCGGCGGCGCUGGUGCGGCAGGCCGAUCAGGUCAUGAGGGACCAACAGGAAGCCUUUGCCAGGCCCAUCCCGGCCCGCGAGGACGCGUCGGAGGCGGCGGCGGCCGCCGAGGAGAGAGAUUUAAAUUCUCCUGAACUGUCAGCUCUUCCUCUUGAAGUUAAUAAGCAGCUACACAAGAAGAAAUCCAGCACUGCACCUACAAUUCGGGGUAGGCCGCUGACUGGACGAAAGGGGAAAAGAUCUCUUCUAAGUACGAAAUCAAGAUUGCGGGAUGUCAGAAGCACUCCUGAUGUUGCAGCCCCAGGCUGCUCCCUGACAAAAAUAACUGGGAGAAUUGAAGGAGCCCUGCCUGACUUGGAAGAUAACCUCAUCCCAAGGACAGGGAGUGAACUUGGAGCAGAGGCCCAAAUCCGGUUCCUAAAGGCAAAGCUGCGUGUGAUGCAGGAGGAGCUGGAUGCCACAGGGCAGGAGUGUAGCAAGAAGGAUGAUGAGAACGAAAAUCUCAGCAGCCGCCUUAAGGAGGCCGAAGAAGAACGUGGACGGCUGCACCGUGCAACCAGCCUACACCAGUCUCAGGUAGAGAAGUACAAAAUGUUGUCAGAGGAAGCCAGCCGAAAAAGCGAGGGUCUGCAACAGAAACUCUCUGCGCUAGAAAAGGAACUGGAAAACCUGAAGCGAGCACAAAAACAAGCUGCGGCGACCCAGAGCACAACGGACAUUCGCUUGAACAGGGCUCUCGAGGAGGCUGAGAAAUGCAAAAUGGAACUGAACAGAUUGAAGCAGAGUAACAAGGAUGUGGUCAACCAAGAGCAUAAAAAACUUGAAGAACUAAAAAUUGAAAAUAAGAGGCUGGAGAAACAAAAAGAAGAACUAAUGGCAGGUUUCAAGAAACAAUUAAAACUGAUCGACAUUUUAAAAAGACAAAAGAUGCACGUGGAAUCUGCCAAGAUGCUUUCUUUCACUGAAGAGGAAUUCAUGAAGGCCCUGGAGUGGGGCAAUUCUUAACGCAAUGUGCAGCAUCACCCCUCUACAGGGGAUGUGGAUCAUCUUCAGAACACUGAAAUUGAACCACUUUUUCUGG